AUGACUACCUACCUGGACACGAGGCUGAAGCCAGGGAAAGAUCAUUAUCUAGCUAUUGGCUUGGAGGGAUCUGCCAAUAAGCUUGGAGUGGGAAUCAUACGCCACCCCAAAGGGGAACUAUCUGAUUCCAAUAAGGCAGUUAUUCUUUCGAACGUUCGAGAUACCUAUAUAACUCCUCCAGGAGAAGGCUUUUUACCAAGAGAUACAGCUAGACAUCAUCGCAACUGGGUUGUUAGAGUCAUUAAGAAUGCUUUAAAAGAUGCGCAAGUGGCUCCUUCAGAUUUAGAUGCUAUCUGUUUUACACAGGGGCCAGGGAUGGGGGCUCCAUUGCAGAGUGUUGCAGUAGCUGCACGGAUGAUUUCACAACUAUGGCAUCUACCUCUGGUAGGAGUAAACCAUUGCAUUGGCCAUAUUGAGAUGGGCAGGGAGAUUACAAAUGCCCAUAAUCCUGUGGUGCUGUAUGUCAGUGGUGGCAACACACAAAUCAUUGCUUACUCCAGACAAAAAUACCGUAUAUUUGGAGAAACGCUGGAUAUUGCCAUAGGGAACUGUUUAGAUAGAUUUGCCAGAACUCUGAAGAUCUCUAAUAAUCCAUCCCCAGGAUACAACAUCGAACAAUUGGCAAAAAAGGGUAAGAACCUCGUUGAGUUGCCGUACACAGUAAAAGGUAUGGACUUGUCAAUGUCAGGUAUAUUGGAAUUUAUUGAUAAUCUGGCCAAGGAUCUAUUUGCUAAUAAAAAGAACAAGCUCCUGGUGACUAGCGAUGGGAGUAAGAUUACUGUUGAAGAUCUCUGUUUUUCAUUGCAGGAGUGUCUUUUUGCCAUGCUGGUAGAGAUCACUGAACGAGCCAUGGCGCAUGUCAACUCGAACCAGGUAUUAAUCGUUGGUGGAGUUGGAUGCAAUGAGAGGUUACAGCAAAUGAUGGAGAUAAUGGUCAAGGAUCGAAAUGGAUCGAUUUAUGCUACUGAUGAACGUUUUUGUAUUGACAAUGGUAUCAUGAUUGCUCAUGCUGGAUUGUUGCAGUAUCGAAUGGGUGAUGUCACGGAUAUAAAAGAUACUGUUUGUACCCAGAAAUUCCGCACAGACGAAGUUUGGGUUAAGUGGAGGCUUGAUUAA